AUGGGCGAAACACACGACAGCGUGGUACUGUUCCUCCAGGACGGCGGUUCUACGAUAGAGUUCUCCGUGUCUCGGGACGUACUGUCCGUGUCAAGUUCCUACCUGCGGGACGUCAUCCGCGAAUUCUGGGGGAAUCACGGAAUCAAGUUGCAGUUCAAGAACCUCUCCCAGGCCGCUUUCGAGGGGCUCAAGAUUUACCUCCACCACGGGGCGCCGUCCGUGACCUGUCACACCGUCACAGACCUGUACCGCAUUGCGUGCAAGCUGAGGCUUCAGCCUCUGAUGACUCGUUGCAUGAAGUACCUUGCCGAAGCCGGACCCGUGGGCCGGCAGCUUGUCCUCCUCUGCAACACGGUGCGCCUCGGACUGCGGGACGAGAAGCAAGCCGCCCUGCAGUUCAUCGUGGAGCAGUUCGACACUGCCACUCGGUCCCGGCAGUUUCUUGAACUGGACUGCACUUGUGUCUGUAUGCUGCUGAGCUCGGAUGUCUUAGCCACGGAGUCGGAAACCGGAGUGCUUCUUGCCGCCUUGACCUGGCUCGAGCACGAAUACCAGGCUCGACGACAGUUUGAGGACACCAUACUGGGAUGCAUUCGGUUUCCUCUGCUUCCCGAGAGCAUCCUGCUGAUGUGCAUGGAGUCGCAGCCUCCCGGCCGUGCUGCACUGCAGGGCGCGUUCGUCAAGACCAAGCUCGCGGAAGCGUCCUUCUUCCACUACCUGAACCUGCGUGGGCGUCCGGACUUGGGUCCCGAGAUCAAGCGGCGCACCUUCUUGGGCACCGACCCGUCUCCGCAGUCCCUGGACGAGGGUGCCCUCCAGCCCGGUUCUUACACCAGGACCGUGAUUGAGAGGCACAUCCUGACCGAGGACCGCGUAAAGCAGGCCCUCCAGAGGGCACAGGCGGCGUGUUCUGAGGUCUUCCAGACCCCGACGGCGUGCAUCAACAACGCCUACUACAGGGAACACGAACGCGAGCUCACGGUGGCUCAGGCUGUGGUUAGGGGGUUCCUGGCGCGAAAGCGCUACGCCAAGCUGCAUGCCAAACCUAAGCCCAACCCACUGGCCUCAUCCGGCUUUACCGACCAACAAACUCCGAAGGACACGCCUGCUUUGGGCGGCCAGGAUCAGUGGGACGCCGAACCUGCGUUGCAGGCCUUGCCGCGCAUGACAAACCUCCAGGUGCCAGGAACCGUGAUUCUCAUCAGCGGCGGUCUGGGUGCUGACGAGCGGAUCAGCACCAGCUGCUCCCUCCUAGGCUUCACACCCAAGGACUGCAUGCUGUGGCGUUGCGGCAGGCUGCCACAGCCGCGCCAGCUCCACGCGUCCGUGUUCUUGGACGGCCACUUCUACAUUCUGGGCGGCUUCGACGUGAGAAACACCAACGAUGGUCUGAGGUUCGCUACCAAGACCUGCUUCAGACUGGAGUUGUCCACGGGCACGUGGGAGCGGCUUGCUGAUAUGAGACACGCUCGCUGCAACCAUGCAGCCAUCGCCAUGGAGGGGCGCAUCUACGUGGUCGCCGGGCAAGACGAGUUCGACAUCUUCCUGAGCUCAGUGGAGUGGUACGAGCCGGGCUCCGACGCCUGGACCGAAUUGGCGUUGCCCUUGCCUUGCCGGCUGUCGGCCUGCGGUGUGGCUUCUUUCCGGGGUCUCCUCCACGUGGCUGGAGGUCUGGUGCAAACCGCGCGCAGGCGGGAUCUGAACGUCGUGUCGACGCUGCUGUGCUGGGACGGCCAUCGUUGGACCACAGCGGGACCUAGUCUUCCCUUGGGUCGAGGAUCUCUCGGGCUCGUAGAACACGCGGGCAAGCUUUAUGCCGUUGGAGGCCUUGCCAGGGCCAAGAAGGGUCAUCUACGAGUCCUUGCGGACAUGCUCAUUUACGACGGCCAGGAGGACGACUGGAGGAUUGGGCCAUCCUUACCGGAGCCGUUGCACGCAUGCCACGUGGCAUCUGUGGGUAAGCUAUGGCAAGGAGGCUAG